UUCUCAUUGUUCUUCUCUCCUUCUCUCACUUUGCUCUUCACACUACUUCUCUUCUCUUUACUUCUAUCCCUUCUUUCGUAAUAUCACCUUUUAUUCAUUCUUCGUUGUAUAUUUUAUUUUGUUCAAUUGAUUCAACAUCCUAGCAUGCCUUCUACAACAGCUACCACUGUGCCUGAAGCGCCCGCAAAGCGUCUCUUUGUUUUUGACUUUGACUGGACUCUUAUCGACGCUGACUCUGAUGAAUUUGUUUUCAAGCACCUCAACACUGAACUCCAUCAAGAACAAUUGGCUUCUGCUGGAAAGGUUCAGUGGACUGACCUCCAGCAGCGUCUUUUGGGUGAAUUGUUUAAAUGUGGUGUUACUAAAGAAGAUAUUGAACGAACUCUGAGCCAGGUCCCGUUCGCACCAGAAAUGAUUGAGGCCUUGAAGUUAAUGAAAUCUCAGGGAUCAGAACUGUAUAUUCUCUCAGAUGCCAACACGGUCUACAUUGAUACUAUCCUCAAGGCUCAUAGCAUUGAUAAUCUGUUCACAAAAGUCAUAACUAAUCCUGCAGCUUUUGACGAACAAGGUCGAUUGAACGUAGUUCGAUUCCAUGGCCUGGACAAAAAACCUCAUAACUGUCCUUUGCCUUGUCAACCAAAUCUUUGUAAAGGCCGUGAGAUUCAGAAAUUGAUCGAUUCGCAAACUUGGGACCAAGUGAUCUAUAUGGGUGAUGCGACCAAUGACUUUUGUCCUUCAACGCGUCUUCAAAACACGGAUAUCGUCUUGGCCCGUAGAGGUUUGUUGUUGGAGCAAGAAAUCAGAAAACGUCCAUAUCUAGUCAAGGCCAAUGUCCUUUAUUGGGAUAACGCACAGGAUGUCUUGAGUGCAACGCAUGCAAUCUUUGAACCUUGCUCUCCAGCAUUGCAGGCGCCUUCUAUCAAGCUCUCCGACGAAAUGCUCCCUAAAGUUGUAUCCACUACUCCUAAUGUCCAAGUACAGGCUGUGAAGGCAUAAAGUCUGCUACAUUAGACAUACAGAUUUUGCGACACCUUUUUUUAAGCCUUUUUUAUUCACUCUGCAGUUUAUUUAUUUUUGAAUUUCAUCUAUAUCAGUCUCUACCCAUCAUUGAGGAUGAGCCUCUUUUCUAUUCUUUUUUUUUUAGUUUUUGCCCUGAUAAAGACAUGAAGG